AUGACCCAGACCCUCGACACAAAAGAGGAUCCUCUUAACCUGGGCGGCGGCUGGGCAUCCUCUGCCCCGUUACGCACCUGGUCGUCCGGCCCCCGAAGGCGCAGGGGCGCUCCCAUUUACAGGCGGCGGCCUCGCUACGGCCCCAAGGCCGAAUACGAGCCCCCGAGGAACCAGCCGAAGCAGCAAUACGGUCCAGGCCCUUGGUUCCAACCACCCCAGCGUCCCUACUGGGCCGUGUAUUCUAACUGGGGGCGCUGGAGAGGGCCCUGGUGCCCACCUCCGGCGGGAUUCAGGAAGCCCCCGGGCCGGGUGCAAGUGAUCCGGGUGUACGGCCUGCAUCCGCUCUGCAUUUGCUGCUGCUCCUGCUGCCAUGGGCCCUGGAGCCCCAGCUGGGCGAGGCCCCCGGGCAGAAAGAAGCGCUGGGGUCGCCGGGGCCGCGGCCUGCGCCGUCACCCUCGCCGCUCCGCCCAGAGGAGCCCUCCGGUGGAUCUGAGCACGCUGCUGCGGCCGGUCAACCUGUACGGCUGGCGCGCCCCCGGCAUGCGGGCGCCGCGCAACACCACGCAGUUCAUCAUGAACCAGAUCUACGAGGACAUGCGGCAGCAGGAGAAGCUAGAGCGCCAGCAGGAGGCGCUGCGGGCGCAGCAGGCCCAGGCGGGCGGCACAGCCUCCCCGGAGGGCGCCUUCGGAAACGACGCGCCCCCUAGCGGUGGCCAGGAAGACGGGGCGCUGCAAGAUACUCUGUACAGCUUCGUGCAGAAUCCCUCUCUCGUCUCCAGUCCUGACCCAGACGAGGAAAAGCAGACGGCCACCUCACAGCUGGUGGAGGGAGAGGAAGGGGAGAGAGAGGAGGGGGAGGAGUGGUGUGACGAGGAGGAGUGUGACGGCAAGGAGUUGGAGAGCCAGGAGGAGGACGAAGAGUCAGAGGCCAAAGAUGAGGAGGAGGGCGAAGAGGCUGAUUAUAUGGAGGAGGGGGAGGAGGAAGAUGAGGAGAAUGAAGCGGAGGAGACCGCAGAGGAAGAAGAGGGGCUGGUGGAGGAUGAGCAGAUGGAGGAAGAGAAUCAUUUGCCCCUGGAUAUGCCUUUAUCAUUCCUAAUGGGGGCUGAAGAAGAGAGAGAGAACUUUAUGAACUGUGCGUAUUUAAGCCCCAAACAGAGAAUUCCCAAAGUGGCACAGGAAGCUCUCUUCAUGGUACAGGACAUUAACUGUUGA